CUUCAACAACACGGCACAGUAAAGAAAACUCAAAACCCCAGAUUUAUCGGCAAAGAGAUCGCAAAACCCAUGAUCUUUAUAUAUACACGAUCCGUGCUAGAACCUGCUUAAAGUCUCAAGCUUUACGAGAAAGUCUCUGUCUUUUCAUUCAUUCAACAGUGGAGAAGAUGAAUCGAGUUCUUCUGAUAGCUGUAGUAGCAUUAGCUCUCGUAGCUUCGUCGGCGUUAUUACCUGUGGGCGCGAAGAAGCCCUUGUCGUCGGCUCCGAGAAAGGAGGAUGUUCCGUAUAUCAAGUGCCAGGUGUGCGAGAAGCUAGCGUCGAGGUUGCAUCAGCUAGUGAAGGAGAAGCAAGUAGAGAUCUCUCCCAAGAAGAUCUCGGAGUAUGAGAUCAUUGAGAUUGCUGAGAAUGUGUGCAACUUGAAGAAAGAGGAAGCUGAUUGGAUGCUUAAGAUUGAUAUUGUUGAGAAAGGUGAUAAGCUACAGCUGGUUGAACAAGAAGAAGAAGGGAUGUGCAAUUCUGAGUGCAAGACCAUCGAGGCUGCUUGUCAAAAGGUAAUUGGUUACUCAGACACUGACGUUGCCGAGUAUAUAUACAAGUCUAAGCCUGAUCUUGCUUCACUUGUUAACCAUCUAUGCAAAGACCUGACCGAUGCUUGUACCAAGAACCCUCCUCCCGUUCCAAAGGAUCGAGUUCGUGGAGAACCAUUUGUGGCAAAACCAUCAAAAGAUGCUGAAAUGGACAAGAUGAUGAGAUCUAUGCAGGGGAUACCAGGAGCACCUGGCAUGAAGGUAUACUCUAGGGAAGAUUUAGAGAAGUACAAAGCAAACCCGGAAAAGUUCGGUACUGAAGAUGAAGAUGGUGACGACGAUGAUGAAGAUGAGGAAGAGGAUGACAAGUUCCCCAAGAACUUGGGGAAAGUCUUGAAAGAGACAAAAAAGGAAGAAUGGAAGAAGACAGUCACUAAGUUACUUAAGAAGAAAAGUGAAGCUCUGAGGGGACAUGCACAGAAAGUGUCCAACCGGGUCCGGAGAUGGUGGAAAGGAGUUAGUUCAAAGAAAUCUAAAUCCGGAAAGUCUGAGCUGUAGAAACAGAUUGUGAAUUGGUCUGUUCUAAUGCACUUUUCUUCUUUACACUUGCUUUCAUUGUAGCUGUCUAGGUUCUAUCUAUCUUUUCAAGAGAAAGUGCUGUAACACAGGGGAACAAUACAUAUAAUGUGAUGGUUUAGAGAAAAAUCAUGAA